UAUUUAAUAACGAUGAAUGAAAAUACAGAUAAAAAUGUACUUUUUGAUAGUAUUUUUAUUGAAACUCAUUCCGAAUUAACUACUUUAAAUGAUGAGUUUAACGAGUUAUAUAAACGUUAUAAUACAAAUGAAAAUGACGAUGAAUUAUUAGUAAAUGAGGAAGAGUUUUUUAUUGAAAAUCAGACAAGUAAUGAUAAUAUAAUAGAACAAGUUGAUAGUUUUGAGUCUGAUUGUUUUACACAUCAAGAAAUUGCACUAUUUCAUCAAAUUUAUCAAACCAAUUUAAUACAACACUUUAUUGAACACGACGAAAAAAAAGAUCAAAUGUCUGUACAAGAUAACCAAGCAUUUCUAACAAAAAUCCAGCAAACAGUUUGCUGUCAAAAAAAAUGUUUCAGUACUUCUAUUAACUAUGGUGAAGCUCUUAAAUGA